AAGUUGCUGCGUGUGCGUUUCCUGCUGUGAAAAAUAUUUUAAUAUUUGGGAAGUACAGUGAUCAAUACAUUUUAUAUCAUUGAUUAUUUCAGUUGUCAUCUGCUUUAUUAUAUACAGCGAAGGAUUAUACAGCGAUAUUUGCAGUGUGAUGCAGUGUGAAAAUUUUGUCGUGAUAGCCGCCGUCUUCGGUGCGUUGGUUUCUGAAUUAAAUCUAGUUUUGGCUGGAAAGGAUUACUACAAAAUCCUCGGAGUACCGCGAGAUGCGAAGGAAAGACAAAUUAAAAAAGCGUUUCGAAAACUUGCCAUAAAAUACCACCCAGACAAAAAUAAGGAAAAAGAUGCGGAGAGCAAAUUUAGGGAGAUCGCAGAAGCUUACGAAGUGCUAUCUGACGAAAAGAAACGCCGUCAGUAUGACCAGUUUGGUGAAGAAGGAUUAAACGGAGAAGGUUUUAGAAGUGGAUCCUUCAAUUUUAAUGACUUUUUCAAAGACUUUGAUUUUGGUGGAUUUGGUAGGGCUGGCAACAAACGUGGUAAUGGUUUCAAGUUUUCAUUUGGUGGUGGUUUUGAUGACUUCUUCAAAAUGGAUGAUGAUGAUGAAGAUGAUUAUUUUGAGGAGGAGAGUGCUUUUGGUGGUGGCUUUGGUGAUGGCUUUGGUGACUUUGGUGAUGGCUUCGGUGACUCAUUUUUUGGACAUCAUAGAAAUAAUCAUGGGGAUAAUAUCCACACAAGACAGAUGUAUAAAGAGUCAUCAAGUAGUGGAUCUAGACAAAACUGCCGUACAGUUACCCGAAAAAUGGGUAACAUGGUUACAACUUUUACAGAAUGCACAUAGUGUUAACUAUAAAAUAGUGUAUAUACAGUACCAUGGUUUUGGGGCCAUUACUGGACGUUAUAAACUUCAUACUUGAUGUAUGAAAAUUACAAGUUUACACAAAUAAUGUGGAUAUACAAUGUUAUGUUUGUAAAAUUAGUAUACAAUCUCCUUGUAUAAAUGUAAUAUUUGAAUGUGAAAUUUAUGCUUAUAUUCUUUUGCAAGUAAAUAUGGUGACAUUUUUUUUCUUGUUAAA